UCUCUUGAAAUCAGCAAUUUUUUUCUUGAAAGCAGCAAAUUUGAAAGCAGGUUUCUGUUGGAGAUUGAUCUCCUUUCAGCUUAGCUCCAAUCAAAAGACGGUGAUGGGGUUCCCGGAAAAUCCAGCUGCUAACUCAGCCCUAACCAACGAGGAGGAGAGGAGCAUAUACCGUCCGGUGGUAGAGUUCCCGGAAUGCAUUUGGAAAGAUCGGAUUAAGCCAUUAAUAGUCGAUAAACAGGAAUACGAAAAGCAAGCCAAAGAAAUUGAAAUGCUGAAGGAAGAAGUGCGCAUCAUGCUAAUUAAGGUUAAAGAAGCGAAGACAUCUGAAAAGCUGGAAUUGAUAGACACUAUAGAACGACUUGGCAUUUCUUACCAUUUUGAGAAAGAAAUUGAUGAAUUAUUGGAGCAAAUUUACCUUCAGAAUGGGAACAACUCUAACGCGGAGGAGGAUCUACAAAAUGAUUUGUAUGCUACAGCUCUUCUAUUUCGACUCCUGAGGCAGCAUGGUUUUAAUAUUUCUUCUGACAUCUUUCGACAAUUCUUGGAUGGCAUGGGUGAAUUCAAAGAAUCACUUAUCAAUGAUAAAAGAGGUCUUUUGAGUUUAUAUCAAGCUGCUUAUGUGAGGACUCAUGAAGGCAACAUUUUAGACAAAGCUGUUGUUUUUGCCACAACUCAUCUGGAACAUGGAAGUCAACAAGAAAUGUCUCCUUGUCUUGCCAAACAAGUUAAAUAUGCUCUUGACCAGCCAUUGCACAGAGAUGUCCCAAGAUUACAGGCUCGACAUUACAUAUCUGUUUAUGAAGAAGAUGAAGGCAAAAACCCAUUACUCUUAAGGUUUGCCAAAUUGGAUUAUAGAUAUUUACAGAUAUUGCACAGGAAAGAACUUGACGAGCUAAUCAGCUGGCGGGAUGACUUGAAGAACUGUGUACCAAAAGUUCCGUAUUCUAGAGAUAGAGUGGUCGAAUGUUACUUUUGGGCCAUGUCAACUUUCUUUGAACCUCAAUAUGCUUUAUGCCGACUCACAAGUGCAAAAACAUCUGUCUUCAUUACAUUAGUUGACGACACAUAUGAUGCCUAUGGCGAACUUGAUGAACUCGAAGCGUUCAGAAACGCAAUCGAAAGCUAUGUUGCUAUUAAUCGGUUUAUUUUAAGGUGGGACGUCAAAGAAGCUGAUAGACUUCCAAAAUACAUGAGGCCAAUAUAUAUUGGUUUGAUUAAGUUGGGUGAUUGGGUGGAUGAGGAGCUUAAAAAACGAGGCAACUCUCGACGUUAUGCUUCGGCUAAAUACAUAGAAGAGUGGAAACAAUAUGUGAGGACGAGUUACACUCAGUCAUGUUGGUUCCUUAAUAGAGAACUACCGACAUUUCAAGAGUACACAGAAGUUGGGUUGAUCACAAGCACAAACUACUUACUCACACCAGCUUCCUUAUUAUUCAUGGAGAGCUACACAGAAGAUGUGUUCAAUUGGUUAGAGAAAAACCCCGAAAUUGUAGUAGCUGGCGCGAAAUUUGGUCGAUUCAUAAAUGACAUUGCUUCUCAUGAGACCGAGAGAGAACGGGGUGCAACUGGGCUUGAGUGUUAUGCAAGGCAUUACAAUGUAUCUGAAGAAGAGGCGAUAAAGAAGUUAGAAGAAAUUGUUGAAGAUGGUUGGAAAGACACAAAUGAGGAACUUCUUAGGCCUACCGCAGUGCCAAGGGAGAAUCUCAUGCCGGUUCUCAACCUUUCCCGGAUGGUGGAUGUUACCUACAAGCACUAUCUUGAUGGAUACACUAACCCUAUUCUAGUUCUUGAGCCCCACAUUGUUAAAGUUCUUUUGGAUUUGAUUGUUGUUUGA